GGCAAUCCAGCAAUAAAAAGAGCGUGACACGAGAAGAAAAUUCAAAACGUGUCUGAGAAGCACUUGACGACGACAGCUGAUAGCCACGAGGAAUUCUGUAUAGGCUCUUUCGAGUUUAAAUUUUCACACCCUUUAUAGGAUCACAAAAAGAGAAUCAAGCUCUAUGAAAAUGAGAAUGUCACGACUCCAGCAUUUGACAGUUUUCUCCGUUGCUGCCAUUCAUCUUCUCCUGUUCUCCAUCUGCCCGGUCAGCAGCCGCAUUUAUCGAACGAACGAUGCCGUCGUCAUUGAAGUUGACGGUGUGGGACCCAGCAAUUUUGCAAGUCGCAACUUUGGAAAUCUUGCACCAGUCCCGAUGACGUAUGCAGUUAAUCCGUACAUUGGCCUCUCUUCCCAGCCAUACCCCAACUUUCCGUUAUGGCCUUAUCCGCUCUACAAGCCGGCCAGCAGCUUCUCUGAUGUUGAAAACGUUACAGCAACUUCAUCUGAUUCUAAGCAGCAGAAAAUUGCCUGUGGUGUCGGACCUGCUUCACCACCGCAACGUUCCUUCCCAGAUGUCAGGAUUGUCGGUGGAUCGGAAGCCACCCCGAAUUCUUGGCCGUUUGUCGUGGGUCUGAGGAAAGCAGGAUCUACCGGUGUGUUUUGCGGAGGAUCAAUCAUUUCCCCGACGAGAAUCCUUACAGCGGCUCAUUGCGUGAACGAAUUAUCGGCGUUCGACAUUUCGACAAUGACUGUGAGUCUUGGCAUGCACGUCCAGGGAAUUCUCCCAGACACGUACGCCGAUGCACAGAUGACGAGGAGAGUUAGUCGCGUUGUCUACCACAAUGCUUUCAAUACAAAUACAAUGGUCAAUAACAUUGCCGUCUUGACGGUAACCCCUGACUUGAUUUACUCAGCUGCCAUUUCGCCCGUUUGUUUGCCACCAUUUAAUAACGCCGCCAAUCAAUUCGUCGGUAAAGAUGCGGCCAUCAUGGGAUGGGGAACUUUAGCAUCGGGUGGAGAAGCGUCCAAUACUCUGCAACAGGCAACUGUCAAAGUUAUUUCCAACGCUGCCUGUAAUAUUCCAUAUGAAAAUAAUCUCAGUCCCCAACACUUCUGUGCAGCAGCUGAUGGAAAAGACGCAUGCAAAAACGACGGCGGUGGGCCAGCUGUCGUUCGAAACCCAAACGGAUCUUGGAAACAGGCCGGCAUUGUCAGCUUUGGAUUCGGCUGUGCAGAUCCAAAAUAUCCUGGAGUUUACGCCAGUGUGGCUUUUUUCAGGAACUGGAUUAACACCUACAUGAAAAACUAAAACGCCAUGCACUUUGGUCGAGACUUUGGUAUACCAGCUAAUACUUCCGAAGCUCAGGCGACACGGAUAUGUACUGCGGUAUCUAUAUUCUAUGAUCAUUUUGAAAGUUGAAACCCAGAUUAAAAAGACUAAAUUGAUUCUCAUCACUUUUGUGUCGGAAAGUUGACGGAUAAUUUGUGUUCUUAAAUAAAUUAUAUGACCUUGAUAAUUUUGUUAUUCAAUGGCUGUUCCGUUAGUCCUUUUUACUUAUAAACUUUAAAAAAAGUUUUUUCUUCCAAUUUCUUCCUCAAAAAAAUAAACUCAUACAAUCCAA